GGGUGCCAGGCCUGGGCUCCUCUGCGUCCUUCCCUGGGGCAGGGGCGAAGCCUGGACUUGACUGUGGGCGCCGAGCCCAGCAGCCCCCAGGAGGCCGGUUCCCCUCGCCCUCCGCCUCCUGCUGCGCCCGCGUCGCCCGCUCGGUUCCGGGACCGGCUGUCUGGGCCCGGGUGGCCGUCUCGGCCGCCGGGGCUGUGGCCCUCGGGGCGGCGGUAGCCGCGUCAGCACUGGGGAGGAGGAGGAGGAGGAGGAGGGAAGAUGGCGUCGGAGCUGGAGCCCGAGGUUCAGGCCAUCGACCGGAGUUUGCUGGAAUGUUCAGCCGAGGAGACCGCAGCGAAAUGGCUACAAGCAACUGACCUCACUAGCGAAGUGUACCAGCAUUUAGCCUACUAUGUACCACAAAUCUACUGCAGGGGUCCCAACCCCUUCCCGCAGAAAGAAGACACGCUGGUGCAGCAUAUUUUGCUGGGACCCAUGGAAUGGUACCUUUGUGGGGAAGAUCCCGCGUUUGGAUUUGCAAAACUUGAACAAGCAAGCAAGCCCUCUCGCCUCUGUGGCCGUGUCUUUAAAGUGGGAGAGCCUACGUACUCUUGCAGAGACUGUGCAGUUGAUCCAACUUGUGUUUUGUGCAUGGAGUGCUUUCUGGGAAGUGUUCACAGAGACCAUCGCUACAGGAUGACAACCUCAGGAGGUGGAGGUUUCUGUGACUGUGGUGACACUGAAGCUUGGAAAGUGGGUCCUUACUGUCGGAAACAUAAACUGAACACCUCUGAAAUUGAGGAAGAGGAGGAUCCUCUUGUGCAUUUGUCAGAAGACAUGAUAGCAAGAACGUAUAACAUUUUUGCUAUUAUGUUUCGAUAUGCAGUAGAGAUAUUAACCUGGGAGAAAGAAAGUGAAUUGCCAGCAGAUUUAGAGAUGGCAGAGAAGAAGGACACCUAUUAUUGCAUGCUGUUUAAUGAUGAGGUUCACACCUAUGAACAAGUGAUUUUCACUCUGCAGAAAGCUGUGAACUGUACACAAAAAGAAGCCAUUGGCUUUGCAACUACGGUCGACCGAGAUGGUCGUAGGUCUGUUCGAUAUGGAGACUUCCAGUACUGUGAGCAAGCAAAGUCUGUCAUUGUGAGAAAUACCAGUCGACAGACAAAGCCUCUCAAAGUUCAAGUUAUGCAUUCAUCUAUUGUUGCACAUCAGAAUUUUGGUUUGAAACUUUUGUCUUGGCUGGGGAGUAUUAUUGGCUAUUCAGACGGCCUUCGCCGGAUUUUAUGCCAGGUUGGUUUGCAAGAAGGACCCGAUGGCGAAAACUGUUCUCUUGUAGACAGAUUGAUGCUUAACGAUUCCAAGUUGUGGAAAGGUGCGCGGAGUGUGUAUCAUCAGUUGUUCAUGAGCAGUCUACUUAUGGAUCUGAAAUACAAGAAGCUGUUUGCCAUUCGAUUUGCGAAAAGGUACCAGCAGUUGCAGAGAGGGUUUAUGGAAGAUGACCACGAGCGAGCGGUGUCGGUGACCGCUCUGUCUGUCCAGUUCUUCACCGUGCCCACGCUGGCGCGAAUGCUCAUCACGGAAGAAAACCUACUGGCCGUCAUCAUCACCACCUUCAUGGGUCACUUGAGGCCCCGCGAUGCCCAAGGCAGGUUUCAGUUUGAGCGGUACACUGCUCUGCAGGCGUUCAAGUUUAGGAGAGUCCAGAGCCUCAUUUUGGAUCUCAAGUAUGUGCUAAUUAGCAAGCCAACCGAAUGGUCGGAUGAGCUCAGACAGAAGUUCCUGGAAGGCUUUGAUGUCUUUUUGGAAUUACUGAGAUGUAUGCAGGGAAUGGAUCCAAUUACUCGUCAAGUAGGACAACAUAUUGAAAUGGAACCUGAGUGGGAAGCAGCCUUCACACUCCAGAUGAAAUUAACACAUGUCAUUUCCAUGAUGCAGGACUGGUGUGCUUUAGACGAAAGGGUCCUCAUUGAAGCAUAUAGGAAGUGCCUGGCCGUGCUGGUGCAGUGCCACAGCGGCUUCACUGACGGCGAGCAGCCCAUCACGCUGAGCAUCGGCGGGCACUCCGUGGAAACGAUCCGAUACUGUGUUUCCCAGGAGAAAGUCAGCAUUCACCUCCCAGUAUCCCGCUUACUUGCAGGCUUGCAUGUGUUACUGAGUAAAAGCGAAGUGGCAUAUAAGUGUCCAGAGCUGCUACCUCUAAGCGAACUGAGCCCACCUAUGUUGAUAGAACAUCCUCUUCGGUGUUUCGUUUUAUGUGCCCAAGUGCACGCUGGGAUGUGGAGGAGAAAUGGCUUCUCGCUGGUAAACCAGAUUUAUUACUACCAUAAUGUGAAAUGCAGACGAGAGAUGUUUGACAAGGAUGUGAUCAUGCUUCAGACAGGUGUCUCCAUGAUGGAUCCAAAUCAUUUCCUGAUGAUCAUGCUCAGCCGCUUUGAACUGUACCAGAUUUUCAGCACUCCAGAGUACGGGAAAAGAUUUAGUUCUGAGACUGCACAUAAGGAUGUGGUCCAUCAGAACAACACUCUAAUUGAAGAGAUGCUAUACCUCAUCAUAAUGCUUGUUGGAGAAAGAUUUAACCUUGGAGUUGGGCAGGUCAGUGCUACAGAGGAAAUCAAACGGGAGAUUAUCCAUCAGUUGAGCAUCAGACCUAUGGCUCAUAGUGAACUGGUCAAGUCUUUGCCUGAAGAUGAGAACAAAGAAACCGGCAUGGAGAGUGUGAUUGACUCCGUGGCCCACUUCAGGAAACCUGGAUUAACAGGGCGAGGCAUGUAUGAACUGAAGCCAGAGUGUGCCAAAGAGUUCAACUUGUACUUCUAUCACUUCUCAAGAGCAGAGCAGUCCAAGGCAGAGGAAGCUCAACGGAAAUUGAAACGACAAAAUAGGGAAGAUACAGCUCUUCCACCUCCAGUGUUGCCUCCGUUCUGCCCAUUGUUUGCAAGCCUGGUGAACAUUUUGCAGUCCGAUGUCAUGUUGUGCAUCAUGGGAACAAUCCUGCGGUGGGCUGUCGAGCACCAUGGCUAUGCCUGGUCAGAGUCCAUGCUGCAAAGGGUGUUGCAUUUAAUUGGAAUGGCGCUACAAGAAGAAAAACAGCAUUUAGAGAAUGUUGCAGAAGAACAUGUAGUAACGUUUACCUUCUCUCAGAAGAUCUCGAGACUCAGGCUCACCGAGCAGCUGAGUUUGCGCGACAAAGACAAGGCCGAGAGGAAGCGGAAAGCUGAGAUUGCCAGGCUGCGCCGGGAAAAGAUCAUGGCCCAGAUGUCCGAGAUGCAGCGGCACUUCAUCGACGAGAACAGGGAGCUCUUCCAGCAGACCCUCGAGCUGGAUGCGUCCACCUCCGCGGCCUCGGAGAGCAGCCCGAUGGUGUCUGAUUUGGUACUUACAGCACUGGGCCCGGCACAGACCCGAGUCCCCGAACAGAGACAAUUUGUUACCUGUAUAUUGUGUCAAGAAGAGCAAGAGGUGAAGGUGGAAAGUAGAGCAAUGGUCUUGGCAGCAUUUGUUCAAAGAUCAACGGUACUGUCCAAAGACAGAAGUAAAUGCGUUCAGGAUCCAGACACCAGCUACGACGUCGAGAACGGCGAGUUCCUCUGCCCGCUGUGCGAGUGCCUGAGCAACACGGUCAUCCCUCUGCUGCGGCCUCCCAGAGAUACCUGGAACAGCAGGUUAAAUUUUUCAGACCAGCCGGACCUGAAGACUGCCUCUUCAAAGAAUCCCGAAAAUAGAGAUAAAUUACAGCUCCCUGAAGGGUUUAGGCCUGACUUUCAUCCUAAAAAUCCGUACUCUAAGAGCAUCAAAGAAAUGCUAAGGACGUUUGGAACAGCCACUUACAAGGUGGGCCUGAAGGUGCAUCCCAAUGAAGACGACCCCCGCGUGCCCGUCAUGUGUUGGGGAAGCUGCGCCUACACCAUCCAGAGCCUAGAAAGAAUUUUGAGCGACGAGGAGAAGCCCUUGUUUGGCCCUUUGCCGUGCAGACUGGACGACUGUCUGAGGUCACUAACAAGAUUUGCGGCCGCACACUGGACAGUUGCGUCGCUCUCGGUGGUACAAGGACACUUUUGUAAACUCUUCGCAUCAUUGGUGCCUGGUGACAGCCGUGGAGACCUCCCGUGCGUCCUAGACAUCGACAUGUUUCAUUUACUGGUGGGCCUAGUUCUCGCGUUCCCUGCGCUGCAGUGUCAGGAUUUCUCAGGGAUCAGCCUGGGCACCGGAGACCUUCACAUCUUCCACCUGGUUACCAUGGCCCACAUCAUCCAGAUCCUGCUUGCCUCGUGCACAGAGGAGAAUGGCAUGGAUCAAGAAGAGCCCCCCGGGGAGGAGGAGUCAGCCGUUCUCAGCCUGUACAGCACGCUCCGCGAGCACACAGGAAGUGCCUUGAAAGAAGCACCCUCCGGCUGGCACCUGUGGAGGAGCGUCCGAGCUGGGAUCAUGCCUUUCCUGAAGUGCUCCGCUCUAUUUUUCCAUUACUUAAAUGGAGUUCCUUCCCCACCCGAAGUUCAAGUUACGGGAACGAGCCAUUUUGAACAUUUAUGUAACUAUCUUUCCCUACCAAGCAACCUCAUUCGCCUCUUUCAAGAAAACAGUGAGCUAAUGAAUUCACUGAUUAAAAGCUGGUGCCAUCACACAGAAGUUAAACGCUAUCUAGACGGUGAAAGAGACGCUAUCAGCUACCCAAGAGAACCGAACAGACUUCUAGACCUGCCGGAGGACUACAGCAACCUCAUUAAUCAAGCGUCCAAUUUCUCGUGCCCCAAGUCCGGUGGGGACAAGAGCAGAGCCCCCACGCUGUGCCUUGUGUGUGGAGCCCUGCUGUGCUCCCAGAGCUACUGCUGCCAGACGGAGCUGGAUGGCGAGGACGUGGGCGCCUGCACCGCGCACACGGACUCCUGUGGCUCCGGCGUGGGCGUCUUCCUGAGGGUGCGAGAGUGCCAGGUGCUGUUCCUAGCCGGCAAAACCAAAGGCUGUUUUUACGCUCCUCCUUACCUUGAUGACUACGGAGAGACGGACCAGGGGCUCAGGCGGGGCAACCCCUUGCACCUGUGCGCGGAGCGCUUUCAGAAGAUCCAGAAGCUCUGGCAGCAGCACAGCCUCACGGAGGAGAUCGGCCACGCACAGGAAGCCAAUCAGACCCUGGUGGGCAUCGACUGGCAGCAUCUAUGAGAACACACCGCCACCAAGGACAUUGACUUGGACUUUGGAGAAAGGAAAUAGGACAUAAGGUCUUCUGAAUUUGGAAAUAAAUUCUCUAUUUAAGCUUUCCUUCCAGCUUUAUUUGUGUAGCUCUGGCUCCGGAGACUGGAUGAAACAACUUGGCCAGCGGCAGCAGGUCCCGGUAGCCUGCACUGUUCUGUUAGCCUCGAGUCGGACUUGUUGCCUCGCAGGCCCCGUGGAAGGCUGGCCUGGGCCCUCGCACCACAGAGGGUGCGGGAGCUGGAAACCAUGUCUCUGGGGUCGCUGUGCCUCCCGGUGGCUCGGGCCCAGGUGGGCCUUUCCCUGCACUGAAGAGCCGCCAGGAGUCCUCAGAGCGAAGCAGCGGCCUGUGAGGCUGGAGUGUCCCGGCAGCCAUCUCCGUGCCCGGCUGCCGGGGUCGAGUGGCACUUGUGAGGGAGGAGCCCACGAGGAGGGGCAGGUUGGCCGUGUGCUGCGUGCGGUCCCGUGCUAUCGCUGGUGGAAUGAUUGUUACUAUUUUAAUGAGGCUUUUGACGCUGAGAGGAAAAAAAACUCACUUUAAAGGGCUUUUAACGAAAACUCAAAUAUAUCCUAGUUUUUCAGACGGAAUAUGGUUCUCUGGUAUCAUUUCUACAACGAAGCUGAGAGAGCGGGAGCUUCUAGAAUCAAACCAGGCGGGGAAUGAGCACCUGGUGUUGUAAGGUCCCUGGUCCCCCAGCAUUCCUGGCAGAAAGGGGAGCAGCUGCUUGCCUGCGGGGCACCUGCACACCCAGGCCUGUGCCCAGCAAGCCUUCGUCCUCGCCACCUAGUGACGGAGCGGAAACGUCGGCGACCACACAGCCUCUCCGUCCAGGGACACGGGCUCGGCUCGCUGGACCCCUGGCCGAGAGUGCUGGCCCACUGCCUGGAGGACUCAGCCCCAGCCUCCCAGAGGGGCGGCGGCUGGGGCAAGGGGAUCAUUUUGGCUCUUGACGGGUUUUUGUUUUUAAGACGACUGCGUGCAAGCCUGUCACCCCACUGCGCCCCUCCCCUGAGCUGUGUGCCACGCACAUGCACACGCACACAAAGCACAAGUACAGAGGGGUGCGAGCAGCACCCAGGCUGUGAGGUGCCACCCGCCUCUGGGCUGGGUGGCCUUGUCCCUUUCUUGGUCGCUGUCACGUCUCAUUUCCUUUAGCUUUGAAAGUCCACCUUCUCUGGCGUUUCCCCAUCCGUCCUCCCUGCUGACAUUUAAAAUCCUGAGAGCAGUGGUGUGUGGGACCGUCCACGGAGUCACAGCAGUGCUCCAGCUGCUAGACCCUGCGGCUGAGCACACAGCCUGUCCCCGGCCCUCCGGCCCUUCUCUGAGGGUGCCCAGGGCUCCGGGACACUGUGCAUUGACACGAAAUAGCAACACACACACUUGUAGCUUUCCCGUGUGUGGUGUUGAGCUAGUUGUCUCCCUAGCGAAUCAUCCCAGCUUUCUGAUUUGUACUGCAUGUAUCAUGUUAAUUGUAGAAAUGUUCAUAUAACAUGCUUUCCAUAUCAGGGAAAAUCCUAUCUGUUUAAUAAAUUGACUAUGACUUUACUAUCUGUGGACAACUUGUAAAAUUUGGAAUGUAUCAUAUGUAAAAAGUUUAAAGGGAUCCAAAUAAAUGUCUUCGGUGUCGGCGUCA